GAAAACUAAACCACCCAAGUAAGAGAGAGAAGGGAAAACAAGCAACAAAAAAGCCACGUGUCAAAAGCUCACGAGCUCCUCUCCAAAUUCACAAAAAUCCCCCAUUUCCUUUAAACACUGGAUAAGCGUCUAUCCCUCUCCCUUCGGUUCCAAUUCAAAAACCAACGCAAAGCCUCGGAUUCAAACUAUGAUUUAACCUUAGAACUCCGGAAUUUUGAAAACCCAAAGUUUCCCAAAAUUCUCCCUCUCUUCUUGUAUACUUAUGUAUAGGCAAUAACACAUACAGUCAAAGGUAGUCUUAAUAGAAAAAUCCCAAUGGCGGCGGCAGGUAUUUCACUGUCCUUCUCGGCAAUUGGUCAAACUUCCAACGGCGGAAAAGUCAAUGUCUCUUCGGCUCGUUACCUGGCUUCCAAUUUCGAAGGAUUCCGUUUCCGGAUAAGCCUUUUAUGUCAUUCCGUCAGAGUUGGAGUUCCCUCGACUGCCUCUCCAUCCAUUAUUCACUGCAUGUCUACUGCUAACGAUGUGCCAACUGUAUCUGAAACUAAGUCCAAUUUUUUAAAAGCAUAUAAACGACCCAUCCCAAGUGUGUACAACACAGUUUUGCAGGAGCUGAUUGUGCAGCAACAUUUGAUGAGGUACAAGAGGACUCAUCGUUAUGACGCCGUCUUCGCCCUUGGUUUUGUUACUGUAUAUGAUCAAUUGAUGGAAGGAUAUCCGAGUGAUGAGGAUCGAGAUGCCAUCUUCCAAGCUUAUAUCAAUGCAUUAAAAGAGGACCCCCAACAGUACAGAGACGAUGCACAGAAGUUGGAAGAGUGGGCUCGUGCUCAAACUUCCAGUUCACUUGUUGAGUUUCCAUCAAGAGAUGGAGAAAUUGAGGCGAUGCUGAAAGACACUGCAGAAAGAGCUGGGGGUAAGGGGAAUUUUAGCUAUAGCCGUUUCUUUGCUGUCGGGUUGUUUCGCCUUCUUGAGCUGGCCAAUGCAACUGAACCUACAGUUUUAGAAAAGCUUUGUGCAGCUUUAAAUAUCAAUAAACGAAGUGUGGAUCGGGAUCUUGAUGUGUAUAGGAAUAUGCUGUCCAAGCUGGUUCAAGCGAAAGAGUUGCUUAAGGAGUAUGUUGAUAGAGAGAAGAAGAAAAGAGAAGAAAGAUCAGAAUCACAAAGGGCCAAUGAAGCCAUCAAAAAAUGUUUGGGGGAAUACUGAUACGUGGGCCCGCCAGUAAUUUGAUCUAUCUACUCCACUCCCAAUUUGCUUAUCAAUCCCCUUUUUGUUUGCUUCCUUCAGGGUUUAGGCACAAUUUGUCAUCAGAUUGGGGGUUGAGAAGCAUACUAUAUAUGUAUUUUCAAGUACAGUCUUACUCUUCCAAAUGUCUUUUGUUCACAAGUUGCAACUGUAGCAGUGUUAGUCUUGCAGUUUCUUGAACGUAACUUGGUAGUUCAAUUUGAACUCGUGGCGAUUUGUCCCA